CCGCGUCAGCGUAUCACUGACGCAUGAUCGAUUCGACGGGACAGAAAGAGAGAAAAAAAAGGAGCAGAAGGAAGAAGAAGAAGAGGAGACGUGUAACACGAAUAACUGAUGUAGCACUCUUCAAAAUGCAUCGUGAAUAAUGGUACAACGCAAAUAACGUCGUCGUUAAUAUUAGUCACCAUGCAGAACUCGUCAGCGCGCAACUAUAGCUACGUGUCGGAGGACAUAACGUCGAACUUGUCGGUGCAAAUAAUAUUCUGCUUGUUCUACAUCAUUAUCUUCGUGCUGGGUAUAUUCGGUAACGUACUGGUAGUCUUCGUCGUCGGUCGAAAUCGCCAGAUGCACACUGUCACCAAUCUCUUCAUCACGAAUCUCGCGCUCAGCGACGUGCUGCUAUGCGUACUGGCCGUGCCCUUUACCCCUCUGUAUACCUUUUUGAGCGGUUGGAUCUUCGGUAAGACCCUCUGCCACCUGGUGCCCUACUCCCAGGGCGUCAGCGUGUACAUCAGCACGCUCACACUGACAAGCAUAGCCGUCGAUCGGUUCCUAGUGAUUAUCUAUCCGUUCCAUCCGCGCAUGAAGAUUAAGAUGUGCUUAGCGAUCAUCGUGAGUAUCUGGGUGAUCGCGUUGUUACUUACCUUGCCAUAUGGGCUUUACAUGCAGUUAGAGGAGACGUAUAUGUCCUUCUGCGAGGAGAAUUGGCCCAGUGAGCCAUUUCGCAAGGUCUUCAGUUCGCUCACAUCGAUACUGCAGUUUGUCGUGCCGUUCUUUGUAAUCUCCUUUUGCUACAUAUGCGUGUCGAUUAAGCUGAACGAUCGGGCGCGUGCCAAACCCGGUACCAAGACCAGCAAGCGUGAAGAAGCGGAUCGCGAGAGGAAACGCCGGACUAAUCGGAUGCUGAUCGCCAUGGUUGCCAUAUUCGGUGUGUCCUGGUUGCCGCUCAAUAUUGUCAACGUCGUCGAUGAUUUCUACUCGUACGCCAACGACUGGUCCUACUACAGAUUCUGCUUUUUCAUGUCGCACUGCAUCGCCAUGAGCAGCACUUGUUACAAUCCGUUCCUCUACGCCUGGCUCAACGACAACUUCCGCAAGGAAUUCAAGCAGGUCCUGCCGUGUUAUUCAAGAAACUCGAACAGUAACACUCCGAGAAUCAAGAAGAGUUGCAGAGGCGAGAAGAUUUGUAACGGUAAUAACACCCUGCAAGAGACCCUAUUGCCCAGUAAUACAAAAACGCAGAAUCCCGAGGGGUGCGAGAUGAUCAUUCUAGAGCAGACAACGAACAUCUCAAAGGAGUUGGAUCAGCCUACGAGUUCUUCAAAGGAUUUUGACGACGCAACUCUGUGAGAGAAAGUUCUAGAUAUGCUUCCAGUUUCCUUCGUACGUGUAUUUUAUGAGAUUCUGUCGGAACGACAAAUGCCAACUGACUAACAUAGUGCACAUACAUACGCUCGGAUAUAUAGCCGGACAUACUAAAGGAAUACCGAGAGCUUUACGAGAUUCACGAGAGGGAGGAAAGCCGUUCGAAUACUUGUGCGCGAUUUCCACCUCCGGUUGAGCUACGGAGGCGGCAAGAUAAAACGAAACACUGGAAAUUCUCAAAAUGCUAGAACUGGUGCUUCCUCACGGCAAAGAAAUUUUUUUAUAGUAACACAUCGCAAUUGUUGAGAAUUCCACCCACGUUUAGUCGUAUGUUUGUGCACUUUACGCUGAUGCGGCGGUAAACCACGUUUGCCCCAAACAGAUAGAUCGACUUACGUAACGACCGCUACACGAAAAGUUAUCGUUUCAUCUUCCAUCUCGCCGAUGAACGAAU